AUGGGUAACGCGGGCACUAAGCUGAAUUUCAAGCAGGCCGUGCUAGACGUCACGUCUAAACCCGGGAAAUUGGACGAUGAAGCCUUCUGGGAUCAACUUUGGUCUUCGGAUAGUGUUGGAUCGGUGUCUGAUGUCUUUGCAAUGAUUCCAGCAGAAGAUAUACGACAGUUACGCGAGCACAACCCGAAAAAUCUGGCGACGCUUUGCUACAAAGCCGUUGAGAAGUUGCAAAACGCUAGGGAUAGUCCUGCCACGAUCAACUCGAAGAAGGUUAUCAACUGUGUUCGACUUCUCACUCGAUUACUCCCAUUCCUCCUUGAAGAUGCUGAUUGGCGAAACUACUUCUGGUCUCCGAUUCCUUCUGGCGAUUCGGAGAUCCCUCUAGCCAGCCUCCUUCUCGGAGUGUUGACGGACUUGAUGUUCUGCCCCGACUUCACGGUCUCCCAUCUACCCGGGCAACCCGAUAAAGUCGAUGACCUGCACCGUCUCGAAUCUUGUGAAUAUAUCUGGGAAGCCGGUGUUGGAUUCGGGACCAAGCCUCCGCAGAAUGCGACUCACGAUCAGAAUCGAGGGGAGGUGUUGAAGCUUCUUUUGACGUGCUUCUCUGAAGUGAUAUAUCUUCCACCGGCUGAUGAAAACCGGAUGCGAUGGAUUAGCCGUUUUACCUCUGGUGAAAACCGUCACGCUUUGCCUCUCUUCACUUCACUUUUGAAUGUGGUCUGCGCAUACGAUCCAGUUGGAAUGGGAAUGCCAUACAAUUUCCUCUUCUUCAACGAUUCCCGCGAACCGCUAGUCGACAUUGCACUGCAAGUGCUUAUUGUCUGCCUCGACAAGGACAGUCAACCUACUAAUGACGAUACUGGCUAUGCUGAUAAUUACUUCAUCAAUUAUUUAUCUCGAAUCCAUCGUGAGGAGGAUUUUGACUUUAUGCUAAAGGGCAUGAUCCGUCUUCUCUCUAACCCUCUACAAACUGGCUAUCUGCCAAAUUCUACAAAGAAAGUAAACUUCCAUCAAGAACUUUUGGUGCUGCUAUGGAAAUCUUGCGAGUAUAAUUCGAAAUUCAUGUUCUAUGUACUGAAAACGAGCGAUGUGCUCGAGAUCUUAGUUCCGAUUUUGUACCACGUUUGCGAAGCCCGAAACGAUCCAUCGCGCGUUGGGUUAAUCCACAUGGGUGUAUUUUUGAUCUUGCUUCUAUCCGGCGAACGAAAUUUCGGCGUUCGAUUAAAUAAGCCAUAUGUGACGAAGGCACCGAUUGAAAUUCAGCCCUUCACUGGCACUCAUGCGGAUCUCCUAGUGAUGGUGUUCCAUAAAUUAAUAACCACCGGCAACCACAAACUACAAUCUCUCUUUGAUUGCUUGCUGACAAUUAUAGUCAACGUUUCUCCGUAUCUGAAAUCCCUAUGCAUGGUUGCGGCUAAUAAGCUUGUACAUUUAGUGGAAGCGUUUAGUACACCAUGGUUCCUUUAUUCGUCGGUCACAAAUCACCACCUCGUCUUUUUCCUCUUGGAGAUCUUCAACAACAUUAUCCAAUACCAGUUCGAUGGAAAUGCUAAUUUGAUUUACACUAUCAUCCGGAAAAGACAAGUCUUCUAUCAAUUGGCUAACCUACCAACCGAUGCGACAAAUAUUCAAAAGUCGUUGGCAGGACGUAAGGGCAAGAAGCAAACAGAAAUCGUCGACCAACUCAAGAGCCCAACCGCCCCUUCAGCCCCAAGCUUUUCAUCUGGGCCUCAACUUGCUGAGGUUCCAGGGGUUGCUGCUAUGACAGGAGUUGGACCCUCAACCUCGGCGGCUUCUGAAGAAUGGGCUCCAUCAACCGAAUGGGCGGAGGCUUGGAAAGCGAAGCUUCCGCUGCAGACCAUUAUGCGUUUGUUGCAAGUAUUGGUGCCUCAGGUCGAGAAGAUUUGCAUUGACAAGGGCCUGACUGAUGAAUCUGAGAUUCUAAAAUUCUUGCAACACGGUACCCUAGUCGGUCUACUUCCGGUACCCCAUCCAAUUCUCAUCCGAAAGUACCAGGCAAAUGCUGGAACUAACCACUGGUUCCGGACCUACAUGUGGGGUGUCGUCUACCUACGCAAUAACGACCCACCAAUCUGGUACGACACUGACGUCAAACUCUUUGAAAUACAAAAAGUU